AUGGCUAACCAGAAACCACCAAAAGAAGAUUUUUCCCUCAAGGAAACCUCGCCGAACAUCAGUGGUCGGAGGGUCUCCACUGGCCCCAUGACCGCCUUUGACCUCGUGGAGCACAUGCAGUAUCUGUUUGUGAGGGUUGUGAAAGCCAGAGGAUUGCCAGCUAUCGCUGACCCUUAUGUUGAACUGAAGCUUGGGAACUACAGGGCAAUCACAAGACACAUGGUAAAAAACCCAAACCCGGAAUGGAACCAAGUGUUCGCUUUUUCGAAAGACAGAAUUCAGGUUGUCAGUGUGGAGAUUUUGGUGAAGGACAAGGCUGUUGUUGCAGAAGGUAGUGAUCAUAGAACCAUUGGGAAGUUUGGUUUUGCAUUGGCCGAGGCUCCCACUAGAGUUCCCCCGGAUAGUCCAUUGGCGCCGCAAUGGUAUAUGCUGGAGGAUAAAAACAAAGCUAGGAUUGGAGGGGAGUUGAUGUUGUCAUUUUGGAUUGGGACACAGGCAGAUGAGGCCUUUCCUGAGGCUUGGCAUGCUGAUGUGGCUGCAGUAAGCGGCGAGGGUGUUUCAAGCACUCGUUCCAAGGUAUAUCUUUCACCUAGGCUUUGGUACAUGAGAGUUAAUGUGAUUCAAGCUCAGGAUCUUGUGCUUAAAGACAAGAACAAAAAAACAGCAGAGUUUUUUGUGAAAGCUCAAUUUGGGAAUUUGAUCUUGAGAAGUGUGGUCUCUCCAAAUAAGACCGUGAACCCUACAUGGAAUGAGGAUCUAAUGUUUGUUGUAGCAGAGCCGUUUGAUGAUCCUUUGGUGGUGAGUGUGGAGGAGAAAUUGAACAAUAACAAGGAAGAAUCCGUGGGGAGGAUUGUGGUUCCUUUAGGGGAUGUCGCGAAGAGGAAUGAUGCUGCUGCUGCUGCUCCCAAGUGGUAUGAUCUCGGGAUGGUUGAAGUGGUUGCGGGUGUACAGAAGGAGGUGAAGUUUGCCAGCAAGGUCCAAAUGAGGGUCAGUUUGGAUGGAGGGUACCAUGUUCUUGAUGAGCCUGCUCACAGCACCAGUGAUCUUAGACCAACAGCAAAGAUACUGUGGAAACCACCAAUUGGGGUUUUGGAACUGGGAAUCUUGAAUGCAACUGGAUUCUCGCCGAUGAAGCCUAAGAAUCAGGUUGACGCGUAUUGCGUGGCCAAGUAUGGCAUGAAGUGGGUUCGAACAAGGACGGUUGUUGAUAGUUUGUCUCCAAAGUGGAAUGAGCAAUAUACUUGGGAAGUCUAUGAUCCAUGCACAGUCAUUACUAUUGGAGUUUUUGACAACGGAAAUUUGCAGGAUAAGGCUGCUAUGGAUUUAAGCAUUGGGAAGGUAAAGAUUCGGCUCUCCACUCUCGAAACUGAUAGGAUUUACACACAUUCUUAUCCUCUUGUGGCUUUACAACCUUCCGGGGUGAAGAAGAUGGGCGAAAUCCAAUUGGCUGUGAGGUUUUCUUGUCCAAACAUGCUUAACUUAUUGCAAUUAUACUCACAGCCUCUGUUGCCGAAAAUGCAUUACGUCCUCCCACUAUCUAUUUACCAGCUUGCUAGUUUAAGACACCAAGCCGCUUUGAUUCUCUGGUUGAGGCUGAGCCGUGCUGAGCCACCAUUAAGGAAAGAGGUUGUAGAUUGUAUGUUGGAUGCCACAGCACAUCUCUGGAGCUUUCGAAGAGGCAAGGCCAAUUUCGACAGGAUCAUCAAACUUUUCGAUGGUCUCGUUGCACUUUUCAAAUGGUUUGAUCAAAUACGCAAAUGGACUAAUCCGCUUGCCUCGGCAAUUGUCUACAUUACCUUUGUGUUUGUGCUUUGUCAACCUGGUUUGACAAUCGCCGCGGUGUUUUUGUGCCUGUCUUUUCGAGGGGCUUUGGACUACCGGAAGAGGCCUAGACAGAUUGCUCACAUAGAUACAGAACUGUCACAUGCCUAUGAUGUACAUCCAGAAGAUUUGGAUGAAGAGUUUGAUUCAUUUCCAUCAAAAAAGACUGGUGAUGUUCUGAAAAGGAGAUACGAUCGGCUUCGGGGCAUUGCAGGGAGGAUCCAGGCAGUGCUUGGUGACAUAGCAACUCAAGGGGAAAGGGUGCAGUCUUUGCUCAGCUGGAGAGAUCCAAGAGCCACAGCUCUGUUUGUGAUCUUCUGUUUGAUUGUUGGGAUAGUGUUUUGUGUUGUCCCUGCUUGGUGGUUAGCUCUUUUUGCAGGAACUUAUGUGAUGAGGCCCCCAUAUUGGCGUAUUAACAUCCCUACAUUCCCACAAAACUUCCUCAGGAGGAUGCCAGCAAAAUCAGAUAGCAUUUUAUGA